UCCAUCAUGCCAGGAGAGAGUAGAGAAAUGCAUAUUACAAUACUAGUGUUCGAUUGGAGGCAGGUGAAUGGUGCAAUACUUCAUACUUCAUAGUUGACCUGGUGGUGGGACCUAUAUAAAUUAUUCCCUGACCGGAGAGACUGACCCUUCCUGUGGUCGUACCAUUGGUUUUCAAAGGAACCUUCCCAUCUGGUCAUCUCCGUUACUCCGUACGCACCUCCUUACACCCAAGAGUUUUCUAAUGAUGGUCUGUUCUCUAUUAUUCAUAUAUCGGAAUACAUCAAAUAAAAUGAGUCCAUGACAAUUGAAGAAUAAGAGACCCAAGGUAAAUAAGAAUACCAGUAUCCGAUCUGGUUCCGAGUCAUGUCCACCUUCGUCGCCGCCGCCUACCAAGAGAUCACACCGGCGGUUCCAGAAUGGCUCAACAAGGGCGACAACGCAUGGCAGAUGACGGCCGCUACCCUCGUUGGAAUCCAGAGCAUGCCAGGCCUCGUCAUCCUCUAUGGUAGCAUCGUCAAAAAGAAAUGGGCUGUCAACUCCGCCUUCAUGGCUCUCUACGCCUUCGCCGCCGCCCUCAUAUGUUGGGUCGUCGUUGGCUAUCGCAUGGCUUUCGGUGACGAGCUCCUCCCCUUCUGGGGAAAGGGUGCACCUGCCCUCAGCCAGAAGUUCCUUAUCAACCAAGCUGUCGUUCCGGAGAGCACCCACUAUUACAAAAAUGGCACGGAAGAGACGCCCAUGAACAAGCCCCUCUACCCCAUGACCUCCCUCGUCUACUUCCAAUUCCAGUUUGCGGCUAUCACCCUUAUCCUAUUGGCUGGGUCGGUUCUGGGGCGGAUGAACAUCAAGGCCUGGAUGGCUUUUGUCCCUUUAUGGCUCAUAUUUUCCUAUACGGUCGGUGCCUUUAGCCUCUGGGGCGGCGGAUUUCUAUACCAAUGGGGAGUUAUCGAUUAUUCCGGCGGCUAUGUCAUCCAUCUCUCUUCGGGAAUCGCCGGGUUCACCGCAGCCUACUGGGUGGGACCGAGGCUGAAGACUGACAGAGAGAGGUUUUCUCCAAACAACGUCCUGCUUAUGCUGGCUGGGGCUGGUCUACUGUGGAUGGGUUGGUCAGGUUUCAAUGGUGGCGCCCCUUACGCAGCGAAUAUCGCGGCUUCGGUCGCUGUUCUAAAUACCAACAUAUGCGCGGCCACGAGCCUUCUCGUCUGGACAUCUCUUGAUGUUGUCUUCUUCGGGAGGCCCUCGGUGAUCGGAGCCGUUCAAGGCAUGAUGACCGGCCUUGUUUGCAUCACUCCGGGAGCAGGGGUGGUGCAAUCGUGGGCGGCGAUAGUGAUGGGUAUAAUGUCCGGUAGCGUUCCAUGGUUCACCAUGAUGAUCCUCCACAAGAAGUCUUCGUUCCUACAGAAGGUGGAUGAUACGCUCGGGGUAUUCCACACGCACGCAGUGGCGGGGCUGUUAGGCGGAGUACUGACUGGGCUAUUGGCGGAGCCGGUCCUUUGCCGGCUCAUCUUACCGGUGAAGAACUCGAGGGGUGCAUUCUACGGUGGGGAAGGAGGGGUACAGUUACUGAAGCAAUUGGUUGCAGCGACCUUCGUGAUCGGAUGGAAUAUAGUAUCGACGACCCUUAUUCUUUUAGGGAUAAGGAUAUUCAUGCCCCUAAGGAUGUCGGAGGAAGAGCUGGUGAUUGGAGACGAUGCGGUUCAUGGGGAAGAAGCAUACGCCCUAUGGGGUGAUGGUGAGAAGUACGAUGCCACCAAACACGGCCACGGGUGGCAACAUGGAUCCAGCUCGCUUCCCAUUUCUAACAAUAAUUCACUGCCCUCCAGCACCCAUGUCAUAGGUGGUGCAAGAGGGGUAACCAUUCAAUUAUAAGUUUUGGGCGUGAGAGUGCGUUUGUUUUCUGUGUGUGUGUGUGAGUGACAGAGAAUAUGAUAAUGAUCCAAUUCCAAUACAAUGCCAUUCUGUACAUAAAAUCAAAACCAUCUUCAUAUAAAAUUACUGGGAGUUACGGAAUGGGAGA